GUUCAUUGUUAGCCCUAGACACGUGUUGGGUUCAUGUCCCUCAUCCCUCUCUCUCCUUUUGUCCAUCAUCUUUCCUCUGCUUUCCCAACCCCACCUCAAAUUAUCAUAACGCAUCCCUCCGCCAAAACCUAAUUAGCCCUACCGGAGAGGGAGAGGUUGAUUUUAUCAUGGACGACGAAAAUAGGCAGCGAGCGGCGGCAUCCACCGGAGACAGGAUCGUGAUCAGCAAGAUAAUGCAAAGAUUCCGACCAAUCGCUCCGAAACCGGUCCCCGGCGGCUGUCUUAAUAAGAUUCACGAUGAAGCGUUUGCGAACGCAAAGAGAUCUGCCGGAAGGAACCGAAGAUCCAAGAGAAAGUACGUUAGGGUUCGCAAUAACAAUAAAAGUAAGAACAGUGACAACAACAUUAACAGUAACAGUAAUGGGUACAACAAGAGGAAGAUAAAGAGUGCUCCGACAGCGGAUCUUGAUAAAGAUGCGGGAGAUGACGGAAGUGGGUUGCAUAAAGACAUCGUAACGCUUCAGUUGUUGCCAGAAAAAGAGAAAGAUCUAGGAACCCGAGAGCCUGUGUUUGGUUUCAGAGACAGUGUUAGUACAGGUGACAGUACGGAGAAUAAUUACAGGGACCCACGUCUUUCCAUAGAAGAUCGUACAAUCGUGAGUCUGUCUCCGUUAGAUCGGACGGUUGUCGAGUCGUGGGUGACGGUGGAGUGCGUGACUGGAACGUGCACCGACGGGAGCAUCAGAAACCAGCUGCUGGGUCGUACGGACGUCGAGAGACUGAGAUGUCUAGAGGUCGACACGUGUCCAGGGUUUGUAUCUGACGGGUCGAACCGGGUCAGAUGGGUAAACGGGUCAUACCGGAGGAUGAUGGGUCUGACUCUGAGCGGAGGGGGAGACGUGAGGGUGUGGGUGGUGGUGACGGAGGAGAUGGCGUGCAUUGGGGAGUUAUAUGGUGCGGUGACGUGCAGGGUAAGGGUUCAGUAUGAGUCCACGUGGCGGAAGAAGAAGAUGACGGUGCCGUGUGAUGUGUGGAGGCUGGGCUCCGGUGGAUUUGCAUGGAGAUUGGACGUUGAAGCUGCUUUAUGUCUGGGCAGGUGACGAAAGCCAGAGCCGAAAAAAGAAAGGUUUCUACACCGCUUCUAACGUACACACGGGGAUAAAUGGCUAAUUAAAUGUACGUAGGAAUUUGUGUUCAUAUAUAUAUAUAUAUAUAUAUAUAUAUAUAUAUAUAUAGUGUGUGUGUGUGUGUGUGUUUGAGAGAUUAUAAAGGAAAUAUGAUUGACCAAGUUUGGUUUGUCAAUGGAUGUAUCGAAACUGUGUCACAUUUUAUGUUUGAUCGUUAA